AAAACACAUCAAUGGAUCUCUUCAUAGUCUUGGCGAUUUGUCUUUCUUGUUUGAUUCUCCUUUUCCUAUGGAACCGAAGCUAUGCCCAAGGGAAGCUGCCACCUGGCCCUACUCCUCUCCCAAUUAUUGGAAAUGUUCUACAGAUAAAUAUUAAGAACAUCAAGGAAUCCAUAAGCAAGCUAGCAAAAGUCUACGGCCCAGUGUUCACUGUGUACUUUGGAAGGAAGCCCACUGUGGUGCUCUAUGGAUACGAGGCAGUGAAGGAAGCCCUGAUUGAUCGGGCUGAGGACUUCUCUGGCAGAGGCAGUUUGCCAGUUAUAGACAAUAUCCUCCAGGGAUCAGGUAUUGUUUUCAGCAAUGGGGAAAUAUGGAAACAAACUCGGCGAUUCUCCCUCAUGGUUUUGCGGAAUAUGGGAAUGGGAAAGAAGACUAUUGAAGACAGAAUUCAAGAAGAAGCCUUGUGUCUGGUGGAAGCAUUAAGAAAGACCAAUGCAUCUCCCUGUGAUCCUGCUUUCCUUCUGAGCUAUGUUCCCUGCAAUGUGAUGUGCUCCAUUAUUUUCCAAAACCGUUUUGAGUACAGUGACAAGCAAUUUCUAACCUUGAUAAACUAUUUUCAUGAGAACUUCAGAAUUGUAAGCACCUUCUGGAUACAGCUCUACAAUUCUUUCCCCUUUUUAAUACAUUAUCUCCCAGGAAGUCAUAAUGAAUUAUUUAAAAACAUUGCUGAACAGAAAAAAUUUAUUUUGGAGAAAGUAAAAGAACACCAGGAAUCCCUAGACCUCAACAACCCUCGAGACUUUAUUGACUACUUUCUGAUUAAAAUGGAAAAGGAAAAGCACAAUAAACAGUCUGUAUUUACUAUGGACCACUUGAUCACCACCAUAUGGGAUGUGUUUAGUGCAGGAACAGAGACCACAAGCUCCACCCUGAAAUAUGGAGUCCUGCUCCUGCUAAAGCACCCAGAGGUCACAGCUAAAGUCCGGGAAGAGAUUGACCGUGUGGUUGGCAGAGACCGGAGCCCCUGCAUGCAAGACAGGAGCCACAUGCCCUACACAGAUGCUGUGGUGCAUGAGAUCCAAAGAUACAUUGACCUCGUCCCUAACAACCUGCCCCAUGUGGUGAGCCGGGACAUUAAGUUCAGAGACUACUUUAUUCCAAAGGGCACAACCAUAUUUACAUCUCUGACUUCUGUCCUGCAUGAUGACAAAGAGUUCCCCAACCCAGAUCAAUUUGAUCCUGGCCAUUUCCUCGAUGAAAGUGGCAACUUUAAGAAGAGUGACUACUUCAUGCCUUUUUCAGCUGGAAAAAGAGUUUGUGCUGGAGAAGGCCUGGCCCGCAUGGAGCUGUUUUUACUACUGACCCACAUAUUACAGCAUUUUACCUUGAAAUCUGUGGUUGAUCCAAAGGACAUCGACACCACUCCACUUCUCAGUGGGUUAGGCUCUGUAUCACCCUCCUAUGAAGUCUGUUUCAUUCCAGUCUGAAGAAGGACAAG